CAAUUAUAGCGUACUCACAUGCUUACGAUAACUUGGCAGAAAUUGAAUAAGCGUUCUUUUUCUAGGGUUUGAUUUGAAUUUGAAGCCAAUUCAAUUCGAUUUGAUGGACCCUUCGUCGACUGAAGCUUUUCCAGCAAUGCAGGAAGUUUUGCUGGAGUUUCGUGCUGGUAAAAUGAAUUUUGAGGGGAAGAGGGUUGCACCUGACGUGCGUAAAGGACUUGUUCGCAUAGCAAGGGGAGAUGAGGGAUUGAUCCAUUUUCAGUGGCUUGAUCGCACUCAGAAUGUUGUUGAAGAUGAUCAGAUUGUUUUUCCUGAUGAAGCAGUUUUUGAGAAGGUUAAUCAAGCAUCAGGAAGGGUAUACAUUUUGAAGUUCAAUACUGAUGACAGGAAGUUCUUCAUUUGGAUGCAGGAGCCUAAUGCUGAAGGUGACUCACAAUUGUGUAGCUCUGUCAACUAUUACAUCAAUCGACCAUUAGAGUUUCUUAAUGAAGAAGAUCCUGAUGUUUCUAUCCCUUUACAAGUUUCUGAAGACAUGGUUGAAGAUGAUGUAUCAUCAAGAGCGGGAAAUCUGGUGGUCCCAAAUUUAGGUGCAGAAGUAAUUAGUGAUGUUAGUUCCUCCUCUGGACCAGUUAAACUGGAAGAUCUGCAAAGAAUUUUGAGUAACAUAGAACCUGCAGAUAUUGCUGGAGAUCCAGAUGGAGGCUUGGGAUUAGGGGAUAUAUUGAAGCCGGAUUUGAUAAUGCCAUUGAUAGAGACUUUAUCAUUUGAACAAAGAUUAGCACCAUACUUACCUGAGGGUCAAUGGAGUCCAGAAGAUAUACUGGAGUUGCUGCAAAGCCCUCCCUUCCGUCAACAAGUAGAUUCAUUUACUUAUGUACUUCGAACAGGACAGAUAGAUUUGUCUCAGUUUGGGGUUGACCCAAGUAAAUACAAGUUCACUGUGUUGUCAUUCCUGGAGGCUCUUGAGGAUUCUGUUACAACGGCAUCCGAGUCUGAAGAGUCGAGGCAAGACGACAAGGAUUUAAUGUCUCAGUCUUGUAACCGCAAAGACCCCAUGGAUGAGAGCAAAUAGGAGUUUGAUUUUAUUCCUGUUUAUUUUCUUGCUUCAUUGUUUAGUAUAGGAGAAGGAAAGAUUUUAUCUCUGUCUUGUAUUUUUAACAUUUAAAAACCAUUUAAAAAAAAAAAAAAACAUGAGAAUAAUUGGUUUCCAUUUAGAGUUAUAUUUUCCCUGUACACAUAACAAUAAAACACAAGUCUUUGUGCAUUUGAUAUAAUGUGUGGGUUCGUCACCUUUAAAACCCUUUCA